UCUCAACUGAAAUGUUAAAUAUUGUCUUAAUAUUUAUAUUUAUUUCCACAGGGACUGGAGAUCGGCCUUGGAGACACCUACUGGAUAAUGGUCUUUUCGAAAGCGUUGCUGAGAAAUCUUUUUGAAGACCCACAUUGAGAGCUUGUCUUGGAGAUCAUCAAAGACUCGGUUAAAUUCCCGUUUCGACUUUUGGACCCACCUCACAUCACAAUGCCGCGUCUUUCUCUCAUUACCGGUGGGAAGAAGCCAAGACAGAUCUUGCGAACCGGUACAUUCAGAAAGCCUCGGAGACUUCAAAACCAGGACUAUCAAUGUUUGCUGGAGAGGUGUCUGAGGAAUAAGGAACUGUUUGAAGAUAGCUCUUUCCCAGCUGAACUAAGUUCUAUUGGCAGCGGAAAUCUUCUCCAUAAACUUCCGCCAUGCGUCGAGUGGAAGCGACCACAUGAGCUGGUUAAGAACCCAUUGUUUUUUGCUGAAAAUGUUACCAGAUUUGAUUUACAUCAAGGACUUACAGAGAAUUGCUGGUUUCUGGCUGCACUUGCGUCGCUCACCUUACACCGCGAUAUUUUAACCAAUGUUGUGCCUCGAAGCCAGAGCUUUCAGAAACAUUACGCUGGUAUUUUCCACUUUCGAUUCUGGCGUUUCGGUGAAUGGGUUGACGUGGUGGUCGACGACCGGCUGCCGGUAAAUGAAAACGGGAAGCUUCUUUUUGUCUCAUGCGUCAAAAAGAACUUGUUUUGGGGAGCGCUCCUGGAGAAGGCUUAUGCCAAACUGUGCGGCUCCUAUGAAGACAUGCAGAUUGGCCAAGUGUCCGAAGCGCUCGUUGAUUUCACCGGCGGGGUCAACCUGACCGUCAAAUUGGCUCAAGCGCCUCCUGAUCUGUGGGACAUUAUGAUAAGGGCAGCCAACAGCGGCUCGUUAAUGGGAUGCCAGACGCGCACGGGCCCUGAAAUGGUCCUGGAGAAUGGAUUGGUUGCAGGACACGCUUAUACUGUGACGGGAAUAAGAAAGGUGACCUGCAAAUCCGGUACAGAGAAUUUAGUGAGGCUGAGAAACCCCUGGGGGAAGAUUGAAUGGAAGGGGAAUUGGAGUGACAGAUCUCCAAAAUGGGAACAACUCAGCUUUAAGGAGAGACUUUUACUACGAAAGACCAGAGAAGAUGGUGAAUUUUGGAUGUCUAUCGAGGAUUUUGAAACUCAUUUUGUAGAGCUGGUCAUCUGCAAGCUGACGCCGGACCUCAUAAGCCAUCAAAAUGGCAGACAAUGGACAUUGUCCAUGCAAGCCGGCAAAUGGACUGCAGGCAGCACUGCGGGGGGUAGAAUGACAUACACGGAAACAUUUUGGAAAAACCCUCAGUACCGUCUGAAAAUCCUCAAAGGAGACGAUAUGGAAAAAUAUACCAACUCCUGUAACGUGCUGGUGUCGCUUCUUCAGAAACAGAACCACAAGCACCGGAACCAAUCACCGCCUCUGUUCAUUGGACUGUCCAUUUUUAUGGUAAGUCUCUUUUAUCAAAGUAUUAGAAGCAGGUUACCCCAAACCUUCUUCAUCAACCAUCGUCCUAUCAACAACAAAUGUGUUUUUAUCAACGAGCGCGAAGUGACCCAGGAUUACCACCUGCUUCCAGGAUCUUACGUCAUAGUCCCUUCGACAGCCGAACCCGACGAGGAAUGUGAAUUCAUCCUCCGAGUCUUCUCCAGAAAACACGUUCUAGAGGAGCAAACCGAGAGUCCAAACAUUGUUUUAUGUUGCAAAAAAAUUGCCGACAAACAGGAUGAAAAAAUUUGGGAAAACGUCUUCACCAAAUGCUUCGAAAAACAUCCGGAAAUCAGCGUUUCUCAGCUUCAAAUGCUUCUAAACAAAGUUUCCUGGGCAGGUGUGAAGCAGACGCCGGUGAAGUUCAGUUUGGACGCCUGUAAAGUCAUCAUGGCGCAGCUGGAUAUGAACACCUCUGGGACGUUAAACAUGCAAGAAUUCAGAGGUUUGUGGAAGAGGCUCCUGUCCUAUCAGGAGAUUUUCCAAAGGAGAGACACCGAUAAAUCCGGUUAUCUGAAACUGACUGACCUGCAGGCUGCGGUACAAGAAAAAGGAAUUACAUUAAGCCAUCAAUUCUACAACCUCAUGGCGCUACGGUACGGCAACUCAUCCCUGAAAAUCGACUUCGAAAAUUUUGUCUGCUUCAUGUUGAGGAUGGAAAUCAAUGGAGAGGUAUUUCAGAACUUAAGUGAAGAUGGAAAAGGAAUUUAUCUUCAGGAGGCAGAGUGGAUGCUCCUGACUCUGUACUCCUGAAAAGACUAAAGCCUCCUCCUGACUCUGGAUAUUUAUUCUUUUGCCACCAAUUUGAGAGGGAAGAUUCUCCAUCUCCAUUUUGUUUCGUGAUUAUUUUAAGCACAACAAGGAGGAUUUACCUUGAAUUUUUUUUUAUUUCCGCAGACAUUUCUCAAAUAUUACUUUCAUCUUAAUUUUUUAUAGAACAUUUAUACUUCUUUGGCUUUUUUUUUGUAUAUUAUUCACAUAUUUAUUUUUUGGACUUUUCCAAGCAGAUCCAAAAAGAAC